AUGAUAAGAGAAAAGAGGGAAUUAUUUAGAGUCUAAAUCAGAAAGGAAAAAAAUGAACAAAUAUUCACCAAAAAAAGAACCAACAUCACUCAAUCAAUCCCCAUAGAUUUCCCAAAAGUUGAUUAUGAUCAAUUGAUUUCUAAAACAAAUCUCCCUCAAUGUUUAGAUAACAUAGACUAAUUCUUAACUUCAAAAACUAAUAUUGAUCCUUAAAUUAUCUAGGCUCUAAUACCUGGAGCAUAAAUCACUUUUGAUUUAUUAUAAUAUUUCCCAUACGAGUGCUCUAAAUUUUUAACUAAUUUCACUUAUCACAUGAACAGAGAAUAGAUGAUCUAAUUGUUAACCCAAAGUCAAAUCUUGAAUCUGAAUAAUCUGUUGAAUGGCAGUUCAGAUGAAUUAAAGGAGAAUCUAACUAAAAUCAUAUGCAAUUUUAUAGUCGAAUUAAAUUCAGAAGAAGCCUUAAAAUUAGCUCAAAGUCUGUAGCUACUAAGCAAUAUAUACUAUAGUUAUACUACUCAUGGAUGCAAUGAAAGAUUGAGUAUGAAUUACCUCAGAAUCAUUGCUCACCUUUUCUUCAAUAACUAUAAAGAACAAAAUAUGGAAUAUAUAUUAGAAAUAAUAGAUAACAUCUCUUAAUCCACUGUAGAUGAUGACCUUAAAUUGCAGUCUUUCAAAACGAUGAGAGCUAUUAUCGGAUCAUAUCAUAUCAACCAAUUUGAGAUUGUUAAUCAAUUUGAUAAAUUUUUAAUCAUCGAGGAUGGCUUGUCUGCUUUCAAUGCCGUCCUUUAAGAAUAGAAAGUUACAGAAUUAGGCAUAUAGGCCUUAAAAAUGUUUAAUGCAAUGCUGCAAAAAAAUAAGCAACUGAUGAAGCUUCUUCUAGAAAAAUAUAGUCUAUUAACAUUUUAUUGUAAUGCCUUGUCUUCUAAUCUUAAUCUCGAUAAAACAAUAAUUAAAUUAAUUUAUGAAGGGUUCUUAUUAAUCAUAGAAGAUGAUAAUAAUUUUGUUUUAAAUGAGUAAGAUCUAUGUUUUGAAAAAAUUGUGACUUAAGUUUAAGUCUAUAAUAAAAAAAAUAAAGAAUUUCCAUCCAAUACUUGUAGCCUGAUUACUUAACUGUUAAAAUCGAGGUACAAAGAAUAAACCAUCAUUGAGUUCCCAAUCCUAAAAUUGAUUAGUGAAUUCUAUUAGAGUGAAAAGCAAUUGAUCACAAUCGAUGAUUAUUUGUUUAUUGCAUUUACAGUUCUAUAAACUGGCGAAAUGAUUUACCCAGAUCGAUAUGUUGGAGAAUUUUUAAAGUACCAAGGGGAGUCCAUCAUUUAAGACAUCUAAAAAAACACAAAUGACUUUGAGCACAUGUAACUAAUUGAUGAAAUCAUAAAAAUGGCUGAGUAUGAUGAAGAGGUAGAUUUUUAUCAUUGA